AGAACUACAGUCGGAGCGUGGGAGAGGACUUGGGUACAGAGAACUGCAUAUCUGUACACUGCAGCCUCAUACAGAGGUCUUCACUGAAGGAAAGUGAAGGAUGAAGUGUGUGAUCUGCUGGCUGCUGGCAGUGGCCCUGCUGCUGCUCCGUGUGACUGGAGUUGACAUGGAGCAUCUCCAAGCUGAGAACCUGAAUCUCCUUCCCCCAGAUGAGCACAACUUGGUCCUGAACCGUGGGAUAAGAGCGCUGCCCAGGGACUGCCAUGAAAUGCUGAUGAUGUCUUCGGGCCAGGCCCUUGAUGGUGUGUACCUGAUCAAACCAGGUGACUCCCCCAUCGUGGCCUACUGUGCCAUGCAGGAGGGAGGCUGGACCGUGGUGCAGCAUAUCACCGUCAACAGCAGCGUGAAUUUCGAUCGUACCUGGGCUGAAUAUAAAGAUGGCUUUGGGGCCGUAACCGGUGAUCACUGGCUCGGGAACGAAUACCUUCAUAAACUCACCCGUGGCCCUGGGCGCUUUAAGCUGGGAGUAAAACUAGUGGACCGAGACGCCGUCACGAAGACGGGGGAGUAUGAUCCGUUCUUGGUGGAGGAUGAAUCGUCAGCAUACAGGCUGAGGCUGGGGUUGUUCCAGGGCACAGCUGUAGAUGCUCUGACUCUGGACACAGAGAACUACCUGCACGACAACCAGAGAUUCACCACUAAAGACAGAGACAAUGACAACUACUUCCAAAAUUGUGCCAAGCUGGAGUUUCAUGGGGUGCCGGGAGGAGGUUGGUGGUACGACGCCUGUGCUGGUGCCAACCUCAAUCGCAGGAAUGUCAUCUACUGGCAGAAGGACUGCAACAAGGAGCGACUGUGCAAGUAUGCAUGGAUGAUGGUGAGACCUACGGACACAGUUAAACUGAUUCAAAGUGAAAACUGCAAGAAGGAUGAGCUAUAAGGACACAGGAUGUGUGACACUGGGUUUGGCUGACGGCCAAAAGUUUCGUUUUCUUUGCAACAAACACCACAGAAAGCUGCAUCACUCAAUUUCUCUGGACAAUCAACUCACCACAUUUUAUUCAGAAAUUCAUGGACAUGAUCACAAAAUACUGAGAACAAGAAAAUGAAUCACAAACUUGGAACACAGUAUAAAAAUGCAGUAGGGUUUUAUCUCUAGCUUUGUCUCCAUCAUUCACCAUGUUAAUACAUGAAGCAAAGCCACUCAUCAUUCCCCAAAUUGCAAGUGCAGAUUUCUUUAUUAUCACAGUUACAAAAAAAAAAGGUUUCAUGACAUUAUAGCUUAUGACGCAUGUAAAAUAGCUCCCAUCCAAUGCUGACACAAAACAACAUUUCACAAACAGCAUUUUAUUUGUCACAGUACAUUACACGUUUGCCAGAAAUACAAUGAAGAUAUGAGGGCAUAUUGAUUUAACUACAGAUAUUCAGAGAAAAAAAAAUACUGUAUUACAAUGCUCAUGGAAAAAAAAAAUAUCCUGAGGAUGAAAACUAAUAAACUUAUAAUAAACAAGGUGUACUCUUGAAUCCUCCACAAUGUGUGUAAACACUGACAUUGUUUAGGAAGUUUGACAUGUAGUUUGAGUAAAAUAAGUCUUUUAUUUUGUAAGGGUUGUGGGCUGGACCAGAAGCGUUCAGUAAUAUUUGUAAUUUAAUUUAUGGAAUCAUUACUCAAUAUUUUCCGCAGACAUUUUCCAGGACAGAAAGUGCAGAAGAUGAAAUGUGAAAACGAAGCUGAAGCUAUAUUCCCUCAUCUGACAAAUUACAAUGGCACAUGUGAAAAGGCUUUGAUUAUCAUCAAGUUACAAACUUGACUUAGCGAACAGGUUCUGACAUCAGGACAACAUGUAUUAGCCAUUUAAAAUAAAAUAGAAAUUCCAAAAUGUGCAUCUUCAAUACAAACACAAUACCUACAGAAUACAACUGCAUGUGUUAUGACAUGUUAGGUGUAAGAGCAUCAGUUCAGGGGAGGAUACCGGCAUUUCUUAAAACCAAUAUAGGGUCUAAAUUAUUCGAUUGGAGCAAUUUUAUCAUGCUCAAGAUAUGAAACUGUGCAUCUUGAUACGAAUACAGUACAAUAUAGAACAUUCUGCAUAAGAGCGUCCAUUUGAGGGGAAAAUACUGGUAUUUUUAAUAUUUUAGACUCUAUUUACAGUGUCGCUGAUUAUGUUUUAUUUUUGUAUUAUUAUGGACAAUUUUAUAAUGUUUUUCCAUUUCCAAUGUUGGAGCAGUAAUUAACAUAUACUGUGGCUGACCUACUGAUUACUGAGCAACUUAAAUUAUAAAUUGAACCAGCUCCUGGAUAUAAUAUUAUUUUAAUACUGUGUAGAAUUCAAGUUCAUAAAGCCAAGAUUAUUAGCACAAACAUAUAAUUUACAGCCAUACGCCAUCUUAAAAAAAAAAACAACAGUUCAUGUCAGUUUGGAGCUAACCACGGGGUUUUGUCCAUACCAGUAUAGCUUCUCCUCAAUCCUCUUCUUCUUCCACUGGCAAAGUAAGAGCAUACGGAAGGUCUUUUGGAAAGUCUUGUUACAAAGGGCGUAGCACAUGGGAUUGACGGUGCUGUUGACGUAGCACAGCCAGUAGCCCAGAUGCCAGAGUGAGAGGGGAAUGCAGUCUGAGCAGAAGGUGGAAAUAAGCACCAUGAUGUUGUAAGGCGUCCAUGUUAGGAUGAAGGCCAGCAAGAUGGCGCUGAGAGUCUGAGCUGCCUUCCUCUCCUUGAUCAGCACCAUCCUCUUCCUCUUGGUGAUCUGGUUCUUCAGAGUGGCGUCUAUGGGCUUCGACGUCGAGGAGGUGGACGGGACGCUCAUGGACUCGGCGGAGGAGAAUGUCGACGUCGCCAUUUUGGUGUCUCCGUUUUUGCUGUGGUGCUCUACGUGAGCAUCUUUGGCCACAGGCUUGAACUUGUAGGACACACACUUGCUGCUCUUCUGGGAGUUGCUUUUGGGUGGCGUCUGGAAGAAGCUAUCCUCUUCGUAGCUGCUGAGCUGCUCGCUCUCGCUGCCCACUCCAGCCUUGAUGGUCUCACAAGCCUGGUUCCUGAAGGAGGGCUGGAAGCCCCCUGGAGACACAGGCCUGUCCUCAUCCUCGGACGAGGCAUAACUGUUGAAGGUGGUCAGCUGACCAGCUUUGGACCACUCGUCGUUGGUGGCGGCUGCUGAUUUGGCCACAUUGCUUCUGCUGGAGGAGGACCAAGAGGCUUGAUUCCUGUCAUGUGAAGCCGACCUCAAUUUACAGCUAAAACAGGAUCUGAUGAUGGUCUUCUGAGGGUGGGGGACCCCAGGGUCAGUGGGAUAGCUAAUCCCCUGCAGCUCCGCCAGAUCUUUGGUUCUCUUCUCUGUCUCCUUGUAGAUUCGACAAUAUAGGAUGGUCAUGACUGAUACGGGGAUAUAAAAGGCAGCAAUGGCUGUCCCAAAGGUUAUCACAGGCUCAGAGAAAAACUGGAUCUGGCAUUGCCUCUCAGGGACAGAACGUUUUCCUACAAAGUAUUGCCAGCAGAGAAUAGGUGGGGCCCACAGAAUAAGCGACACCAGCCAGGCCAAACCGAUCAUGAUCCCAGCUCGUUUGGGAGUCCGCUUGGCCCUAUAGGUCAGAGGCCUGGUGAUGGAAAAAUAUCUGUCAAAACUGAUCACCAACAGGUUCAUGACCGAGGCGUUACUGGCGACAUAGUCAAGCGCCAACCACAGGUCACAGGCGAGGUUCCCUAAGGCCCAGUAGCCCAUCAAUAUAUACGAGGUAUACAGAUUCAUGGAGAAGACACCUAUGAUGAGGUCAGCGGCUGCCAGACUCAGCAGGUAGUAAUUAUUCACCGUCUUCAGCUGGCUGUUGACCUUGAAGGAGAGCAUCACCAGAACAUUGCCCACAAUGGUGAUGAGGCUGACUAUGGCCGACACAGUCGCAAUGGUGAUCACCUCCCACAGACUGUGGGGGACCAGGUGGAUAUCCAUUGUGCUGGUAUUUACAGUGGAGUUCAGGACACCAUCUCCCUCCAUGGUCUCCUUGUGUUUAUUAAAAUCCAGCCAUGAAAAGAGUGAUUGGAUUUGUCAUUUUCAGAAAGAUCUCCUGGUGAGAAAAGAAGCAAAAUGUUAUUCCUUAUCGCUUAAAAAUAAAGUGAGUUUAUUCGUAUAGCCACUAGAUGAGAUCAACUCAGCAUGUUGAGCGUCACAUAUUUGCACUUUGCUCGACACUAAAAAGAAUAUACAAACUGUGUGUGUUGUUUUAUACAUCCUUAACAGAAUAAAUACAUAAAACAUACAUUUGGUAUUGGCAUUGUUUUCUCUAUUAUGUUUCAGCUGCGACUCCUGGAAAAAAGACAUUAAGCUGUUGUACAUCAUGCAGCUCACACAAUUAAAUCAAGUUCAUGCAAGUACACGCAUAUGGCCUGUUCUAGGCAAUCUCUGCAAACAUCUGUGGCACAUUUCAAAAAUCCAGGUCAUUACAUAAUUGCAUUCCCUGCUCUUAAUCUUUGCUGUUAUCUUACUAGAGCAUAAACUCAAUUUAUAGCUUCCUAAGACGGCCAUUUCUUGAUGAGAAUAUGGCAGACAAUUCUGGUUUAUUUUAAAACAAAAAAUCCUCCAACAAACAAAUGAUGGUCGUGAUUUCAGUUAUGUUUUUGGUUUACUUGUCCGUCCAUUCUCUAUACAAACUAAUGGAGCCCUUCCCAGCAUUACAUUAAUAUAUAUUGAAUAGUCAAUUAACUGAAAUAAUAUUGAAGAGUGUAUUUGUUCUUUCUAUCAGUCAAAUGUGUCAACAUAAUUUCCCCUGAAAUACUGUAAGAAGAAAUAAAGACAAGAAAUGCGACUUGGAUAUAAGUGUGAAAACCAACCUGGGUGCACUCUA